CGCAGCCUCGCCAUGGUGGACUCCCCCACCGGGAGGAAGACCUUCGUGGUCCCGGAGAUUAAACCGCCCGACCUGUACGACUGUGCCAAGGCGAGGAUCUGCGCCAGCGUCGGGUGGCUGCUGGCGAAGUCCUACGGAAGCUCAGAGAAUGUCCCUGCAGAGCUGCGUGACCCCUUCUACUGUGACCAGUAUGAGCAGGAGCACCUUAAACCUCCAGUCACACGCCUCCUGCAGUCCUCCGAACUUUACUGCCGCACCUACAGCCUCUUACUGGGGGGCGCUGGAGCUGAGGCGCAGCCCAAAGACAACAUCGCCCUGCUGGAGCUCCUCACUCAGAAGGGCAUCGUCUCCAAAGACAAGGACACACUAGUGACUGAUGCAGACCUCCGUCGUAAACCCAUCAAAAUGAGCGCCCACCUUGCUGUGAUAGACGCCCUGAUGACAGCGGGAGCCAUGGAGACGGUGGCUGCGGUGAAGACGUCUGGUUCGGCCGAGUUGCUGGGCGGAGCUGCCAGCUGGGAGGAGGCUCUGCUUCAUUGGGUUAACGGGUUAAAUCAGAAGAUGAGAGAACUUACAGAGGAACCCCAGAAUGACUCGUCUCAGGCUACAGAGCCCCAACCUCUUCAACCCUCUCUCCGCUACAGGAAGGAUAAAAUUCAGUCCAAACAAACAGCCAUCUUCCCAGUGGUGAAUGAAGUCAAAGACCUGUCCAGUGGUUGUGCCAUUGCUGCUGUCAUACAUUACUAUUGUCCUGGACUGCUAAGACUUGAAGAUGUUUGUAUGAAGGAUUCCAUGUCUGUAGCAGACAGCCUGUACAACCUGCAGUUCAUUCGUGAAUUCUGUGACAGCUGUCUGAAGAGCUGCUGUCACUUGGCACUGGAGGACAUGAUCUACACCCCACAGGAGCUUCAGGUCAACUGGCUGAGCUUCCUGGGAGAACUACUGAGCUGGUUUGAAGUACAAAAGCCAGACUUUGUUCAGCCAAUAAACACGUUGGAUGGUUCCACACCAGUAACACCAAGUAGCUUGACUGGAAACAGUACCUCCCCUUCUAUCUUCAAGAAGCCUUUUCUCCCUAUCUCCUCCCCUGCAUCAGGAUCUUUGACUCAGUCUACCUCAAUGUCUCAUAUAGAAGGAGUUGGAAAGACAUGGAGCAAGAGACCUCUCAGCCGACCCUUGUCAGCAGUGUCCUUCAGCAUCCCUUUUGGCCUGGACAGCGAUGUGGACAUUGUGAUGGGCGACCCUGUGAUCACCCGCUCUGUGAGCUCAGAUCAACUCAACCCAGCAGCCCAAAACAUCAUCCGCGUUCCCUACACCCCUACUGAAGACAUCAGCCAUUUGCUUAACAAACCCUCGGGCCCCAGUGGCCCACAGAGAGCUUCCUGGACCACACAGGCUCCCAGUAUUCCACGGUUGGCAGAGCAGAAUGGUCUUGCAGAGACUGAAACAGGAGAGCUGCCUACCAUUGAGGAGGCUCUCCAAAUUAUCCACAACGAGAGCAAAAUGGAGCCUCGUUUACACCCGGAUGGGGCGCCUGAUGGCUUCUACCUCCACUCUCCUGAUGACCCGGCUAGCUCGAGACACACCAGCAACAUGAGCUGCUCCGCUCCUUCCCGCUCAGGAAUGAUGUACCGGCCUACAGGAGAGUCCAGGGCCUCCGCUCGCACCAGGAACACUUCCGAAUGUUCACGAGAUGAUGACUCGGUCUUGAGAGACGGCAGUGUGGACUCAGAUGCAUCAGAAGACUUGCCUAAGGCCCGGUCCACUCCCAGCACUCCAGCUGCUGGUGCCCACUCUGCUAGGGGCCACGGCAAAGAGGAGUCGGACAGCGGUGUCAAGUUGACCAGCUUUGCAGAGCGCAAAAAGAAGCAGAUAAUAGAUUCUCCGAAAGCCAGGGACACCUCUUCUCCUCAGAUGACCACUUGGUCACAAAAGACUGAGGAAAGCCCCAGCAAGAGCCCACAACUCAAUAAUGAGAUGACCGAGCUGGGAGUUCGGCUUGAAGAAAAGCGCAAAGCUAUCGAAGCCCAGAAGAAACGCAUUGAGGCCAUUUUUUCCAAGCACAGGCAAAGACUGGGUAAGAGUGCCUUUCUGCAGUUAAAGAAGGAGCAGGAUGAGGGCGAGGGGGAAGGAGGGGAUGGCAAGGUCAGCAGCUCAUCCACAAAAGAGGAACUCUCUCGCUUGAACUUGGAAGAAAGGCUAGCUCACAUGGAGGCGGAAGACCAGCAGGACCAAGAUGAACAGCGCCCCUCAGUGAAGGAUGAGGGUAAUGUCAAAGGGGGGCUUCAGCCCAACAAACAGUUUAGUCACUCCAAAGAAAAGGCAGGUACACCAGGAGAGAAGGGCUCUGGGACCCCGGGCGAAAAAACGGUGGCUCCACUAGGGGACUAUAACAAUGCUGUGUCGAAGCUGACUGCAGCUCUCAGCUCCCUGCAAAGUGACAUGCACCGACUCACAGAGCAGCAGAACCAUCUCGUCAAGAAGAAAGCUGUGGGUUCCUGGGUUAUUCCAGCCAGCCCUAAAACCUCCACCCCUGCCCACACCCCUGCACGCAUGUCUCGAGAAUCCAACCGAGAUUUAAAUUCCGCCUCCUCCUCUCCUUCUCCAUCGCGUAGACUCACAAACCACGCCACUCCUCCUAAAUCUCCUCAUGCCCACCGUAGAGCCCAAUCCGUGCCCCCUAAAAGCCCCAAACACUACCAUAACAGUCAUCCCUCGGACACGAAGGUCCCGACCGUGUCAAGAGUUCUCGUCCCUCAUCAAAACGUUGACAGCAUGAACCACCGUCGGCGAGUGAGUCCCUGGCAGUCCCAAGUCCAGAAUUCAUCCUCAUUCUCCAUUGGGGACUCGAGCAGCCUAGAUGACCUGCGCUCGUGUGGACCAAGUCCAGUUCCCACGCCGGCACUGACCCCGGUACCGUUUCCUACCCUGACGCACCGUCCUGCCGCAGAUGACGCCCUGUCAGAGGUAGGCUCCAACGAUGACCAUAGCAUAUUCAGCAUGGACCUGGAAGGGUCUUUGCAUGGUCAUGCAUCCAGGCAUGGAGGUGGGGGCUGCAGCUCUGGUGCCCCAUCAGAGUGCUCCUUCGAGAGUGAUGCCCCGGCCGGGAUUGUGAAUGGCAAACGCAGCAGCCUGAUUGAGAUCCCGCUGUCUGCUCUGCAAGAUGGGGCCGAGGACGACCCGCUACCCGACGGCUUUUCAGACACAAUGAGUGACCGGACAGAACCAGAGACGAAAGGAGGGGUCGGUUUCUUUUUCAAGGAGGACACGGUGCGACCGGAGGACGAGAUGGCCCAGCGAAGAGCAGCUCUGCUGGAGAAACAGCAGAAAAGAGCAGAUGAGAUGAAGAAGCGCAAACUGGAACAGGAAAAAGAAAAAGAGCUAAAAAAGCCUCAGUGGAUGACCAUCGAGGGCUGGGGGAACAAGGGAGAGGACACACCACCCACCCCCGGCACCCCUUCAGCAUCACACCCCACACCAGCAGAGGGGACUCCCAAGCGCAGAGAUGACUUCACCAGGCAGGAGUAUGAACGGAGACACCAGCUGAAGAUCAUGGAAGACUUGGACAAGGUGCUGAGGCAGAAACCCACCACGGUCCGCGGUGUCAAGAAGCAGAGACCCAAGACUGUGUUCAGAGAUGACUCCGUACUCUCUCACAGCCCGGCCAAGGGUUUCACGGGCACCAGGCUGAACAAAGUGUACUCCCACUCAACCAUGAACCUGUCAUCCAUGGCGCAUGACUCUGGAGGCCUGUCGAUUAGGAAGUCUCCCAGCCGUUCACACUCUCCUUCCCGGCUAAUGUCGCCGGGACGAUCGGCGGCUAUGAAUGGAGAGAGAGACUGGGAGAAUGGCUCCACCAUUUCCUCCCCUGCCUCAAUCCCAGAAUAUACAGGACCAAAGCUGUACAAGGAGCCUACCUUUAAGUCCAACAAGUUCAUCAUCCAUAAUGCCAUCACUCGCUGCUGCCUGGCCGGCAGGGUCAAUGAACCACAGAAAAACAAGAUUGUAGAGGAUAUGGAGAAAAGCACUGCCAAUCAUUUCCUCAUCCUCUUCAGAGAUUCCAGCUGCCAAUUCAGAGCAGUUUACACCAUGAACCCUGAAACCGAGGAGAUGGUACGGCUCACCGGUAACGGCCCGCGCUUCAUCUCCCCCGAGAUGGUCGAGUCCAUUUACAAGUACAGCUCUGACCGCAAGCAGUUCACGGCCAUCCCGUCCAAAACCAUGUCCAUGAGCGUCGACGCCUUCACAAUCCCCGGUCACAUUUGGCAAAAGCGCCCAGGAACUCCCAAAAAGCUCGGCACCCCCAAAUAAAGACGAUGCACAGAAAAGAUGGGUGGAGAUGUUAUCAUUCAGGGAACCCACUCCCAGCAUGACUCCUAUUGUCCUGUAUUUUGGCCAGUGAGGCUCUUGAGGUCGUUCAUUAUACAGUUAGACUAACAAUGGACAGCAUGACUGAGAUAUCAACCUGGACCCCUACAGCAAAAACUCUACAUGCCAAGAAAAAGAGCCAGUCACUCACUCACUCACUCCUUCAGCCAUUGUAGUUAAAAUAGUUUCAAGAGCUUCUGAUUGGCGCUCGAUUGUAAAAUGUAAUCUUCUAAUUCUGCCAGGACGAAGAAGUCUCUCCCUCUUGCACCCUGCCACCCUAUGACUUGCCUUAUUCUGCCCCCAGAGUCAUUUUUCACAACUCUUAGGUAAGAAAAAGAGGAGACGACCAUACUGCCUUUGCCCGCUUAACAGUAUUUUGGGCUGAGUAGUUCCCCUCUCGAUUCUGCUUGCUUUUCCUUUUGCUGCCUUUUCUUCCAGCCCAUUCUCUCUCUCUCUCUCUCUCUCUCCAGUCGAAUGAGUCAAGCGGCUCAGCUCCCUGUUCUGAUCUCAGCUGAAAAUGAACAGCAGGUAAAACUGCUCUCAUAUGAAUGUAGGGCACACACUAACCGCUCGAUCCCUUCAGGGGUAUUUCUACCGAUUUUGGUCAGGAUGAGAAAGUACCAUAGGGGGUGGUUCCUCUGUGGAAUUGCACACGGAGAACCCGCUCGUGCUCCUCAGUCUGUGCACUCCACUCCACUUCCGCUCUCCUUCAGCUGUAGACAUCUGGAUGUUUUUUUUAAAUACUAUUUUGACAUGUUUUUUGCUGGACAAAUCACUUCAGCCGUUGAGAGCUGAGAGAAGAAUAAAAUUCAUGUGACUUGUUUCCUGUUAAAAUUGCUUUCUCAUUCUCGAUGUGAUGAAUUGAAACGUCAUCCGAGUCUAUCUCGAGAUAUGAUCCUGGAAAACAUGAAGGAGGGCUUUAUCGUGUUUACCAUUACUUGGAUACAGCUCUGUGUGAAAAUGAUAAUCAUUGCUAAUUUAAUAUAUACUGAAUGCUGAUUACUUUGAUUUUUUUUUUUUUUGACAAUGAUUUGUAAAAUGUAAGUUGACCUUUGUAAGCUACAAAUAAGCUAGCCUGCUGCUUGAGCAUUAGUGAGAUGGAUGGUUGAGAUGAGAACGAGUGAAUGAGAAUGAAUAGAAAUUGUCAAAACAGAUGGAAAUUGCUGAAACCUUUCGUCUAGGGAUUAAUAAACCCUUUAGGUCACUAGGAGUCUGUUUCCUGUUAUAUGAUUCCCUGUUUGUGUGUCGCGACAUAUUGAAAACAUUGUUUUUCUUAAUGAAGGAUAAUUACAGACUGUAACAGCCCUCAUCAUCCACUCAAUGUCUAGACUCAUGUAUAAAUGGGGGAAUGUAAACGCCAAACCGUUUUGUUUUUACCGAUAUCGCGGAGUGAAAGAAAACGAUUGACUCUGCAUCUGUUUUGUGAUCAGGUCAAAUUCACCAUAGGAUGUGUGGGAGUUUGGCUUCUUCUCUUCCUCGUGUGUUUGAGUGAGAUGUGAAAAAUGUGAUGAGCAGCAUUAAAAAAAACAAGAAAAAGGUAAAGUAGAUCAUUGAUUAAAAGCGUGCGUGGAGGAGUGCAUAUGAAAUACGUGGAUGUUUGUAUUUAUGUAUUUGUAAAGAGUAGUACAUGGUAGUUAACACUAUAUUUUUUGAUUCUGUGCAAUUCUCCCCUAGAAAUCCCCACAUCACCCAGAGAUGUAUUUAUUUGGUUUGCAUUAGAUGUUGCAUUUGAUGUUUAGUUUUCUGUUUCUACUUGUGUCCUUUUUUUGGUUACGGUCUUAAGUCACUCAUUCAUUUCAUGAAGGAGGUGUCAUACCAUUUUCCUACUUAUGCGUUAUCAAAUUUGUGCCAGCACACUAUGUAUGUUCAUUUCAUAAACUUGACUAUCCCUGCAACUGGACCAGACGAAUAAAAACCCUUUUCGAAUCA